CUAAACGAUUCAAAAGAAUGCAGAGAACCAAAGCAAGACAAAUAACAAUUUCUGCUAUCGGAUUGAAUUCAAGCCAAUGAUAGAUUUUUAUGCGAAAGGGAUCAUGGGAGAGAGCAGAAGUGUCCGGCAAAAUAGAUAGCGAUGGCAGUAAAAUGCGGAGAGCGUGGGCGUGGGGCCAGGGCGGUGGCCGACGUGGAUGAAAAGCAUCAAGCACAGAUGAUUCUUGAUAAUAGCGUGGUGUGCAUGCGUGUGCGUGUGCGUCUUUUGAUUGUGAUCCUUCUCUUGUCUUGGCUCUACAGUAGUCUUUACAAUGCUAAGUUAUUAGGGGCAAGAAUUAUAUUAAACUUUCCGACGACUAUGAUAUAAGCUGAUGGCGAUAGUCGCAUACUACGGAGCACGAGUC